AUGGAAACAUCAGAAUCAGGAAAUGGUGAUUAUUCGAGUAGUUGUAUGAAAUAUAUUGAACCACCAAAGUUACCAUGCAAAUAUAAAAGACCAUUUGAUGAGUUAUAUUAUCAAUCAUAUUUUGAUAAUCAUCCAAUACCGUAUGAUUAUCAAUCGGAUGAUAAUAUUGAUGGAAGUAAUCAUGUGGUUAUUAGAAAAAUUCGCAAUUUCUCAGAAAAUACCACAGCACAUGGUGUCCGACGAAUAUUUAUUGCUAGAAAUGCAUAUACUGCACGAUUAUGGUUAUUUGGAAUUAUCUUGUGCUUUAUCAUACUUAUUGUACAAGCUUAUCAAUUAGUGAUGAAAUUUAAUCGUCAUGAAAAAAUUACUAGUAUUGAGCUUAAAUUUGAUUAUAUACAAUUUCCUGCUGUAACAUUUUGUAAUUUGAAUCCCUAUAAAAAAAGUUUGGUUCGAUCAGUACCAUCUGUCAAGGAUACGAUGGAUGUUUAUGAAAAUGCGAAAUCUUUUCGCCGAGAUAAAAGUCGCAUAAAGCAACAAUUACCAAUUGGUAUCAUUCAUAGACAAUCCAAUAAGCAAAAGGGACGUUUGUCACAUUUGUUUGAUAACAAAAUGACAAAUGAUUUAAAUAUAAAUUAUUUGGAAAAUGUAAAACGACGACAACGACAUCUUCAAAAUGAUUUAUUCAAAAGUAAUAAUCAUAUCAAUACAAUUAGUCAAUCAAAUAUAAAUCAUGAAAGUGCAAAUGAAAUUAAUGAUGAAAUAUUUCCAACAUCUAAUAUCCAUUUCGUUACCGACACUGCUACUACUACCAUUACUAUUACAACAACUACUGAUACUACAACAAUAACUAUUGAUACUGCUACGACAAGCAGUACUACUAUUGCCAAUACAUUAACGUCUAUUGAUGACAUUGAAACAAUUGUAGAUGUAAAUAAUGAAACUGCAACAAUAAUAAGGAGCAAGCGGAUGGUAGAGACAAUGCGAUAUGAAGCAAUUGAAGCACAUUGUAAAUGUAUUGGUAAACCGGAUAUGGAAUGUAUCCGGUUUGAAUCAAUUCCACCAUCACUUGAUAAGAGAUGCAUUUGUACAUAUGAUAAUGAAAUGGAUAUUGCAUGGCCAUGUUUCAAUAUAUCAAUAUGGUACCAAGAAGAAUGUCAUGUGUGCUUUGAAACUGGUUUCUGUGAGCCAAAAGAAGAUGAUCAAAUUCCAAGUGCUAAUUGGCCUUGCUUGUGCCGUAAUCUUACCAUUAAUUCAGUAAGCUUUGAUUUUUAA